AUGAAUGCAAAUGGAUCACAAAAUAGCGAGAGUAGCGAGAGCAGCGAGAAAGCUAUCGCUAGGCUUGUUUAUUUAAGCUUGUUUUCUAAGAAAAAAGAAAUCCAAAGGAAUGUUGUUACGACUUAUUUUGAUGUUAAUGCUGUCUUUGAAAAUCCAAUUUUACUUGUCGAAUCACAUGACCAAAUAAUCAAUCAAUUUCAUUUGCUUUCUGCGUUCUUCUAUGCUAUAACACCUGAAAUACAAUCAGUCACUAAUAGUAAAAUAGCAGGAAAUCAUCAUUUAGUAUGCAUAGAUGCUUUGAUUAAAUAUCGUUUCCCUCUUCAAUUUCCUUCAUUUCCGUGUUUGCGUAUAGUGUUUGGUAAAAAUAGUCAAUUUUGUAAUAACUGUAAUAAUGAAUUUACAUUGCGUAUAAUUUCAAGAUUUGAGUUUAACGAACAACACAAGAUUGUUAGACAUGAAGAUAUUUGGAGUUUAAAGGAUUUAUUGGAAUCUUUACCAGUUGUUGGAUGGAUAUAUGCAGAAAUCGCAAGAAAACUUACCGGAAUGGUUACUGGAGGUGUAGUUAUUGCUGUUAAAGAAUUGACGCAUGGGAUGAGCGGGAUAUUUGAUUUAUAG